CCACCUUCCAAACCCCGCAUUCGCAGGGAACUUCAGUUCCUCGUUCCACAUCUCAAAUAACCAACUCGGCUCCACACCAACGUCCGGUUAGGCAUGCCGGUGCACCGGAUCGGCUUCACACAACUUUCUGGCAGUCAUGGCGUUAGGGGCGGACCGUACCGAGUCAACAUCAUCUUUGUGCACGGCUUGCGAGGGCAUCCACAACACACGUGGGAGGACAGCCGGGACAAGGGCAGCGUGGACAGAAGCAGCGUAGACAGGGGCAACAAGAACGCGGGAACGGUGACGUCACGAAAACGAAAUAUCUUGAAGUCCCUCUUCAAGUCCAAGCCAUCGUCCUCAGCCUCGAUUUCGACCACGACCUCAAUUGCCGACGAUGAAACGAGCGAAGAGAGCUCCGACAAGCUGUUCUGGCCCGAUGAGUAUCUUACGCAAGACAUUCCCGAGGCCAGGGUAUGGACAUAUGGCUAUAAUACAGACGCAGUCGGCGGGCUGUUCCAGGCGAACAACAAGAACAGCGUGUCGCAGCACGGCCGAGACUUUGUAGUGCGCGUCGAGCGGGAGAUCCAAAACGAGGACCCGAUCAUAUUCGUGGCGCAUAGCCUCGGCGGAAUUAUCGUCAAAGAUGCGAUACGCCGAUCAGACGCGUGUCGCGCACGAACCAAACUGAUUAUCUUCCUUGGCACGCCUCAUCGGGGAAGUGCAUAUGCAGGAUGGGGCGAGAUCGCGUCGAAUCUAGCUCUUCUGGCACUGCAAGACUCGAACAAGAAGAUCAUCCAGACGCUGGAGGUGAACAGCGAGGUCCUGGACAAUAUCCACGAGGAGUUUAAGACCAUUGCAGACCAGUUUCGAAUUCGGAUCCACUCGUUCCAGGAGGCGCGGGGAAUAUCAGGCAUGAAGGGCUUGCACAAUAAGGUUGUAGACGAUAUCUCCUCGAAGCUCGAUCUGCCGCGAUCCCUCGAGGCUGUCGAGAGUAUCGACGCGAACCAUAUGCAGAUGGCCAGAUGUGGUGACAGGGCAGAUCCACGGUACCGGGCUAUCGUCGGCGUGCUCAAGCAGUUCAUACAUCGUAUGGUGUUUGAUGAAAAUGGAACCAGGCUUCAGCAAGUAUCCUCGAUAUCAUUCACAGCUGAGGCCAGGGUAGCAAAAAGGGGAGGCGGGUUUGACGGAGCAUUGACGAACCGUGCCGCCCUGCCAUGUCACUACAUUCCGCUCCCCGAAAACCGGCGCUUCGUUGGACGGGACAGGACGCUAGACACCCUCAAAGCGAUGCUGUUCGUGCGCAAGGAGUGGCGGAAAGUCGCCAUUGUCGGCCUAGGUGGUGUCGGCAAGACCCAGGUCGCCCUGCAGCUAGCAUACUGGACAAAGAAACACCAGCCUAAGUUUUCCGUCUUCUGGGUACCGGCGCUAAGCAACGCAACCUUUGAACAGGCCUUUACCGCGAUGGCAAGGAAGCUCCCUAUCCAAAGUGGCGGCGAGAACGAUGACCUUAAAGAGUCCGUGCGGCGGUACCUGAGUUCUGAGGCGGCGGGGCCAUGGCUUCUCGUGGUGGACAACGCGGAUGAUAGAGAUAUUCUCUUCGGCUCUGCGGAUAUGCCGGGUGGUAUUAGCGACUACCUUCCCGAAAGCGACGAGGGCCUCACCUUGUUCACAACACGGUCUCGAGAAGUAGCCGUGUCGGUUACCGGGAGCGAUGUGAUCGACCUAGCCGAGAUGCACCCGCAGGAGGCGGCUGAACUUUUGGAAAAGUCGCUAAUUCAGAAGGAUAUGGUUCGCGAUGAAGCGGCGACGGCAGAACUGCUGGAAGAGCUUACCUACCUUCCCCUAGCAAUUACACAGGCGGCGGCCUAUAUCAACAUAAAACAGGUGCCCCUUGCCGAGUAUGUCGAUCUACUGCACGGCACUCAGCAGGACAUCAUCGGCCUGAUGAGCAAAGAGUUUCGGGACAAUACUCGGUACCCAGGGUCGCAGGAUGCGGUGGCGACAACAUGGCUCGUAUCCUUUGACCAGAUCCGCAAGUCCGACAACGUUGCCGCCGAUCUGCUAUCGUUUAUCUCGUGUAUCGAGCCCAAAGGAAUACCUCAGUCGCUGCUCCCCGGCUCCGAGUCGACAGGGCCGCUAGUUGAUGCAAUCGGAACUUUAUGCGCGUACGCCUUUCUAACCAGACGGGGGGACAGCAAGGUAUUCGACAUGCACAGUCUGGUACACUUGGCAACGCGAAUCUGGGUUCAGCGAGAAGGCCAAACGGCACCGACGCAUGAAAAGGCAACUCGACAUCUUGCAGCAGUUUUCCCAUCCGACGAUUAUGCGAAUCGCAACGUGUGGAGAGAGUACCUUCCGCAUGCUUUCAGGGUAUUGCAGCACAGCAAAGAACUUGAUAUGGAGGAAGGGUCCGAUUUGUUGUUCUGGGUUGGACGGUGUUUGAUGGUGGAUGGGCGGAUCAAGGAAGCUGCUAGGAGUUUGGAAGAGGCUUGCCAAUGGAUGAAUCGUCAUUUUGCCGAAGACCACCCCGACUGGCUUGCGUCACAGCACGCACUCGCAACAGCCUACCAAGCAAACGGCCAGGUCAAAGAUGCCGUCACGCUACUCGAACAGGUCGUUGCCAUUAAGGCCAAAACCCUCGCGGAAGACCACCCCUCGCGGCUUGCAUCGCAGCACGCACUUGCAACAGCCUACCAAGAUAACGGCCAGGUCAAAGAUACCGUCACGCUGCUCGAACAGGUCGUUGCCAUUAAGGCCAAAACCCUCGCAGAAGACCACCCCGACCGGCUUGCAUCACAGCACGCACUUGCAAUAGCCUACCAAGCAAACGGCCAGGUCAAAGAUGCCGUCACGCUGCUCGAACAGGUCGUUGCCAUUAAGGCCAAAACCCUCGCAGAAGACCACCCCUCACAGCUUGCGUCGCAGCACGCACUCGCAACAGCCUACCAAGAUAACGGCCAGGUCAAAGAUACCGUUAUGCUACUCGAACAGGUCGUUGCCAUUAAGGCCAAAACCCUCAUGGAAGACCACCCCUCGCGGCUUGUGUCACAGCACGCACUUGCAAUAGCCUACCAAGACAACGGCCAGGUCAAAGAUGCCGUCAUACUACUCGAACAGGUCGUUGC